UGGCUUGCUCUACGGUGACUGUGACGAAGUGUCAGGCGGCUCUGAGGACCCUGCAAGCGUUUCCGUUCUUUAAACCGACAUGCCUCUGUCGAGAACCGAACGUUGAUCCCGAGUGUAACUCCUUCCGCGACUUCUUGUUUGACCAUCCUUGCGUCUUCGUCAUGAAGAAGGAAAAAGAUCCGUACCCGGUGGAAACUCUACCUACAUGCACGUAUGCUCUGAGCGUGUGUCAUAACGAGAAGGCAUGCUCUGCGCUGUUCGACCGAUUCAAGAAUGCUUGCAAGGCUCGGGAUGGAGAGUGUCGCAUGGAUGAUCGGGAAGCCUGUCGCGAAGCCUGGGCGGGUCUACGUCUAUCGCCACUCUUUGGCUGCAUCUGCCCAAACACCCACAUGAAGAAACGCUGCGACAGGAUCUUCGCGGUAGUCAACCACAACCCAUGCGUCGUAAAGCUGAUGUCGGACGGACGGACGUCAAAUCGGAACGGAAGCGCUGUGACUUCAUGGAUCGGCGGUAUGUCCAUUACCCACGACGGGAACCUGAUCGCCCCGGACAAAAUAAUGACCCACAUCCACCGUUACGCGAGUCCCCACUACAACCCCCAUGGGCAUCAUUACCACCGGUGGAACCAUGAGCCGGGGGGGAGCGAAGAUCCACUGUACGCAACCAAGACCGUCUACGGGCCAGGAUACAUUGACGAAAACCAGAGGAUUGGCAAAGAGAACGGUAAAGCAGGUGAGGAGAAAGUGGCCCUGCAGUCGACUUGCCACGUGGCACUUGACACUUGCAUCAAGGACAGCGAAUGCGUGACUUCACUGACCCCAGUCUUGCAGAAGUGCCACGCGACUGACUGCGACAGGGAGGGCUGCAUGGCCGCGCUGCGAGGGUUUUACAGGAAACCAAGCGUGCACUGGAACACCGAGAUCGCUUUCUGCCUUUGCAAGAAGACCGACAACCGCGAAGACUCCUGCAUGAAUGCUCAAGAGCGGCUUCAUCCAUCGUGCGCGCAGCGGCCCCCGGUCGGAUCGCCUUUACCAGCCUGCCACACCCUCGCUCAUGCCUGCAGGGAGGAGCCUGAAUGCAGGAUUCGUCUAGAGAACUACGAGCAGUGGUGCGCAGUGGACGCCGUUACCCAGGGUUGUGCUGGCUCCCCUGCCGCCUGCCGCGCUGCUGUUGUCGCAGUGCUGGGUACCCAACUGCGAGCUGCUUGCGCCUGCAGGGGCACUGACUUCGCCCAGCUGUACGACUGUUUGGGCUGGCAGCGGCUUUUGUGGCUGAAUCCUUGUGUUGUUGAAUCUCAAAGCGACUACCACGUGAAGACCUAUGGCUCCCUCCUGACCACCACUCCGUUCGACAACGGCAUCAGGUACAUCACCGUGGCGCCUGAAUCUCCGGUGUACCAUCGCACAACCACCCACCACCACCGCCACACCACACACGUCGUCAACCAGAUUGAACAUGCUGAGGAAACACAUCAACAACUCAGCCCCAUCACGACGAUGUCGGAGCAAACUGUCGGCCCUAAUGAAAUCGGACAGAUAUCUGAACCGGUGGUAGAGACCACGACGGAAACUACCACCGUGGCUACCACCACCACCACCACUACCACGACCACCACCACUACUACUACCACCACGCCGAAACCCACCACCACUUUGGAGCCGGCGAAGUAUUGCAUUGUUAAGAAACCGGAGAGCGAUGAUCAGGCGCAAUAUAUCAAGAUGGGAGAAACUAGGCGUCUGUACCGUUCCGCGGAGCUGGCGGAGUGCACGGACCUGUGCGUGUGCGAGGCGACGCUGCAGGUGUCGUGCAAGGUGGCGUGCGUGCCGCGUGCGCCGUGCUCGUCGCGCCUGGCGCACUACUCGCACGCCGCGCCCGCCUACCAGGCCUAUCGGGGCCGCUGUUACUGCUACUCCGGAUCCUUCAUUUGCAUGAGGCCUAACCCAGGAGAAUACAAGCUUCCCGAAGGUGUUUACUUGCUGCUCGGCUUCAGCGCCGUCGACGAGGCCCUUCUCAGACCUCACACCGGUCUAGGAGCCGAGGAUGCUGUGAGGCUGCUGCAACAGUAUCUAUACACUGUCCACGAGGACGGGACUAACUGCACGCUGACGCUUUUCAACAUCAGCAAUGAAAACGUUAUCAUAUCAGCAAGCGUGCCUCAGAAGGAGCAAGAGAUGCUCAGGGAAGCUGGCGAGGCUUUGCUUGAUAGAGAAAAGGAGGAAUGCAUUGACGUUCUGAAGAUAGUAAAGUCCCGCAUCAACUCGCAAAACGAAGAUAUUUCCUCUCAUCUUCUGCUGUCCAUCUUCAAGAUCGCCGAAGUGGACGUCGUCUACCCUGCGCCGCCCAGUGCUGCCAAUACUCAAAACCCUUGCAAAUACUUCCAUAUCAUUAUCAUCAUUCUCACCAUCUUCUAUAACCUAAAACAAACUAUCACCACCUGCGCUUCACUGUUCAAAUACUUAGUCAAUUCUAUGUCGAAUUUAUUCGAAAAAAAAUCAUCUUCGUUAGACAUGAUUCCUUUGAACAAGGAGAGAUAUUUUAUAAAUGAUAUCAAUUUUGUAUCUAUUUUGAAAAGUUACGAUGAAUUUAUGAUGAAUGUAGAUUAUAUAGAGCACGAUGCACCCGCUUUAGAUCGCGCACGAGAUGACACCACGUAUAUAGACGUAAGUGUAGAUGUAAAUAUAUAUAAUGAAACGAAACAUAUCAUAAAAGCUGUGAGUAUUACAAUAUAUGAUAAUUUUAACGAACAUGUUGCUGAUGCAAUUGAACCUAAAUAUUUUUCUAGUGAUGUGUAUUACGAGAUUGGAUGUAUUAAAUAUUCGAAGCUUUUCCGUUUAUUUUUUGGAAAUAUCGCGUCCUCUUCUUAUGGGAUUGUAAAAUCCGUUAGCUUAGGACUGACUCUAGUAGUAGUAUGAAGACUGAGAUGAACUAAACAUAUCAUAGUUGUAUUUUCGUUUUAUUUUCGACUUAGAUCUGGUGCUUGUAGGUCGAUCUAAAGGCUGGGUUUUGUAAAUAAGUGUAUAACGCCUUUUACACUGUUAGUGUUUCAUUGAAUCUCCGGUAGCGUAGAGGUUUUGUGUUGCAAACACAAAUAGUUAUGUUGUAUAUGGGAACUCUUCCGCGCGUCACUGUUUGAGUGGGCUUCUUUGGUGGUGUUUGCAACACAAAUAUUAUCUUUAUUUUUUAACCGAUAAGGGUAGUAUCUGAUGUAGAUGUAACGCGCCUUUCUGUUAGAUAGAUGAUUGUAAGUAGGAAAUUAUAUUGAUCAAUGUGAAGCACGAUUAGGAAAUAUGCUAAGGAACAAAACUUGGCAAUAUACAGAUAUAAUGAUCAAACGUAUUGUACUUUAUAGCAAUUGUCGAAAUCCGGCCAUAAUAUUUAGUUCAAAUACAGUCCAAAUAAAAACUCGAAUUAGGCUAAACAUUUCAAUCACAUAAUUUAUGAAUUCUUUAAUAAUUAUCUAUUAAUACAAGUUGUGUCCUUCGGCCUCAUUCAAGGUUAGGCAAACAUAAUUUGAAAUUGAAAGAAAAAAGGACCAUGCUAACACAAAGAUUGAAAGUAAUUUCAGAAUUUAAUAAAACCGAAUAAGAUUCAUGUUUGAUAAUGUUGCAUAAAGAGAAGUAUCACCAAAAUGAAAAUUAUUGCGUUGCCAAGUUUUGUCCCCUGAACAAAAAUCAAUUUAGUGAACACCUAGAUAAAUGUUCUGAAAAACAUUAUAUAUAAAUUAAAAUGGUAAAAAUGGAAGCUUUAAUUUGAAGUAGACAUAGAUGUUUGUGUUCUAAAAGAGUUUUAACAUAGUGUCGUGUUAGGUGAAGCUGUUUACUGUUAGGACACUAUUACUUUAAAUCCAGGAACUAACGCUUAAGAACUUUGUUGACAACGAUUAUGUAAAUCGGUAACGAAAUAGUUUCCUUGUCAUGAAAACACUGCAAUGCAAAAGUAUUGCGUAAAAAAAUGUGAGUGAAGCUAUGUAACCAUUUUCACUAAAUGAUCCUAAUUGAUUUUUUUGAUCUAUCUCAAAAAUGGAUCAAUCAAAACCAAGUUUUUUGACACGCUUACAAACGACUUAUUUUGAUUGGUUCAUUCUCAGAAUGAAAUUAAAGAUUAAGAUUGGGACCGUUUGUUGAAACGGCUGUAAAUCAAUAUGUUUCCAAGAUGGCUGCUUAUAAAUUCUCUAUGGCCGAUAAAUUAUUUCAAUAUUUAAUCGAUUGCACUAACACGCUUCCUAUCACUAUGCAAAAAAUGAAACACAAUAUAAACGUGACAACCUUAACUUUAAAAAAAAAACAAAUCGAAGACAUAUCACUUUGUAACCACUAAAAGAAAAAUAUAUUUAUAAGAUAAUAUUGUCUAUGUUAUAGAAAUUAUUUCUAUCGUUUAUGCUGUAUGUAUAUAUGUAAUAGUUAGUAUUUGUUAUACUUAUAUACAAUUGUAUAAGUUCCUUGUUAAAAAAUGUUUUGUUUGAAAUUUUAUCAAAAACACGUGCAAAAAUGUAAUCGAUACAUAUCAAGAACGCUCAAUUUUAUACCUAUUGUAUUCUAGGGUUAGAUGUUGCGAAGCAAAUGGCAUCUUUUUACCUAGCUUAGAUAUUAGAGAAGUGUAGUUAUAAAGAAAUUCGCAUUGGAAAAAUAUAGAAAAAAUUCUCAAUGUUAUAUUCGUUUAUGGGUUUAAAAAAACAAUUUCUAUUCAUUGUUGGGGCUGUGAAAUACAGUCGUAAGAUUUUAAUGAGAAUACGUCUUUAUACUUCGAAAAAAAAAAAAAUCUAUUUUUUUAUACUUUACACGACACGUUUGUGUUCGUCAGUCGUAUCGCUAAUUUGAAAAUCAGUGUGCUUAUGAUGUAGCAAAAAAGAUAACACAACUUCGCAUCGUUUUAUUUUGAUUGGUUGAAAAACUAUCACGUGACUAAGGCAUCGGUCUCUCAACCAAUCACAAACAUCAAAAUUAAACGACAUCGACUUACGAGUCGCGUUUUUGAGACACUCUAAGGGGGAACGUAAAGUAAAUAACAUCCAAAAUUGGAUAACAAUAAUGUAUCUUAUAAAUCUACCUGAAUAUUAGUAUAUUUAAUUUAUAAGACGUAUUCACUUUAAAACUUCAUCGAUAGAAUAAAUAUUACGUCCUUAAUAUAUUAUUUUUUCCAAAAUCAAAAAUUUAAAUUAUUCUUGUGGAUAAAUAGCCUAUUUUAUUUUUGAGUCUAGUUUCUAACCAUGCACACGCCUUAUGCCUUCCAUGUAAAUAAAUAUAGAAAAUAGUUAUAAACCACUGGAUGAUAUUAUUUAACUAGGCACUUAAUAAAUAUGCUCUUCAUUAUUUAUUUAUAAGAUAGAUAUUGUUGUGUAAAAAAAUUGUUUUUAUCACAAUAAAGUCAUAAAUGACUUAAGUAAGGUAUGGUGUUGCCAGUGAAGUUCUAAGUUCUAUUUCUAAUAUGUAUUUACAGGUAACAUUUACAUUUGAGUAUAUGAUUACUGGUCGUAGGUCUCUGACAUGUGAGAUUCCGCCUGGGUAGGUACCGCCGCAAUGUCUAUUUCUGCCGCCAAGUAACAGAGUAUAGUCACUGUUAUGUUCCGGUUUGAAGAACAUUGUAGCCAGUAUAACUACUAGACUUAACACCUCUUAUCUUAGGAUGGCGAGUGGAAUAAACAAUACUUUGUAAUUCAAGGUGUUGGAUCGUGUAUCUACUGUUUAAGGGCAGUCGUAUCGCUUAACAUCAGGCAAACGGCAAGCUCGUCUCGUCGUUCAAAGCUAUUAAAAAAAGCCAAUAACAUUGAAAAUGUUCUAUCACCAGUAAAGCAGAAACAAAAUAUUGAUAACGUUCAUGAUUACAUUAAGGAUAACUAUGGAAUCUAACCUAUAUUAAAUGAAAAGACGCUGUCACUAACGUCAUAGAAUUUAAAUACUCUUUAACGAAUACUAACAAGUUCCCUUCGGUGGAUGGAAGUAUACGAAACCCAGUCGACCUGAUGGGGAAGACUUCAAAUAACACAAAAGUAUGUUAGUUUGUAAUAAUUUUAAUUAAAAUGCUUCUCUUGCAACGCAGUCCCGAAGCUGAUUUAGAAUUCUUAUUGAAUAUCCCGACAAGAAGUUAGGAGUAGAUAUUAUACAUCACAAGAAGGAGUUCGUAUUAAAUAUUAUAUAUCACAAGUUCUUGAUGGAUUAUUUUUGUUCACCUUUACAUUGUGUACAUAGGCCAUAGUGACUAACCAACCCUUAUAUACUAAUUGAUCUAAUGAAAUGAAAUGAUUUAUAUGAAACCGUAAAAUGUUACACAUUAUUUAGAUUCCGUCAAUAUUAACUCUACCAGUUUGGACAGCAGUUCUCAUCAGAGAAGAACGGGCAAUACAGUUGUUUUUUGGUGUUUAGAGCAAUGCAUUUAUAUGCUCGCAAUAAUAGGGAUAAAUUAAUUUUAAAUUUCCAUACAAGUGAACAACUCUCUCAAGAAUCAUGAAAUAUUUUAUUUUGUAUAAUCAGGGACCCUAUUCCCUCUACGGAAGCGAAUCCGUCUUCUAGAAGAAAAACGCCAAAAAAUUAUCUAUAACCUAUACGGCUAUCAAAGCUAUCCUUCUAUUAGAACGCCCGUGAUUGUAAAAGGACUAAUUAAUGUUAUUAAUGAUAUUAAUGUUAUAAAUAUAAUUGUACCAUAACUACUGUUUGUUUUCCAAAUAUAGUAAAAUAAAAUAAAUAAAGAAGUAAAUAUUUCUAACUGAAAUACACGACAAACACAUAUAUUAGUAGUAGCGCAGCUUGCCACAGAGGGACCCUAUCUAAAAUUGUUGGGGGCUCUAAGGGCAGUGCGAACUUUUGGACGCCCGCUUAGUUUAAUGUUGAGCCGAAAGGAGCCCCAAAGCUCAGGGGCCCCGUAUCUCUCAAACGGCUGUUACAUCGGUAGCUACGCCCUUGUAUAUCAUGAUCAUUAUCAUGAACCAAAGAAUAACUAAAAUACACAAUAAAGUUUCAACAAAUGGCUCGUAAUGAAUUGAACUUUCAGCACUUCACUGGCAUCGUUUUUAUAGUGGACGUUGUAUUACGUUUUAGAUAAAACUUCUUUUGUUCGCUUAUAUAAUUGUGUGUUAGACGAAAUUAACUGUUCAACGACUAUUUAAAGUAGUCUCAAUGUAUAGCAAUAUGAAUUAAUGUAGAAUAUUUUAAUAUCGGUUUGGAAAUGCCUUAAAUAUCCGUAGGCGUAUACUUUUCGAUAAAUCGUAGUAGAUUUUUAUGUCUUCAAACGAAUGAUUUAAAUGCGAUCUAAUCUAAACUAUUUUGGUAAAAAAAACCUAGUAGAUGACCAAUGAACGGACAUCUAAACGAAAAAAUAAAAAAAAAUCGUUACAUCAUUAGUUACUACUAAGUACUACAAUUUUGCAUAUUCAUUAUCAAUUAUUGUAUUAAUUUUAUCUUGUUACAUUAAUAAUUGUGAAGAUAAACCAAUAUACUAAGUAUAAUCUGAAAUUAAUAUACAAUUGAAAUAACUACAUAAAAUUAAUUAAUAAAUAAAAACCUGGUGGCAAUAAACUGAUUAAAAUCUAUUUGUUGCUAAUACUUAUCGAUCAGGCGCUCUACUUAAAAUUUAAGUAUAAAAAAGGCGUUCUAAUUUUGAAUCUCUUUCUUUUUAAAACGAUGGUCUAGUUUAUCGGCCAUACAGCCUAAUUACUAAUAAGUUGACUAUUUUGUUGGUUGCAGUUUUUUCAAACCGAUAUUGAAAAGUAAAAUUGUGAAUACACAGCACUGUAGUGAUAUGCAUAACUGAGCUUCUAAACAUGGUCAGAUUGUUUUAUACACUAACAUUACGUGUUAUACUUGAUUUUAGUCCACGUUACUAUGUGGAUGUUGUCAUUACGUUGUAGCUAAAUAAAGAGAAUUCGUAAGAAA